CAACAAGAAACUAAACCAAACCUCUCUCUCUCUCUCUCUCUCUCUCUCUCUCUCUCUCUGUGUGAAAUUGAAUUCCUAGCUAUAUGGCUUCUUCUACCUCGCUACAUGAAUAUAGUUAUAGUAAUGAAUCAGCUGGUAUUAGAACAGCAGUACUGGAGGUUGAAACAGUAGGCCAUAAUGAUCCACUGCCUAGAACUACAACUGUAACUAGGUCAGGGCUGGGUGCUGCUCGAAACCGAAACCGGAACGAAAACCAUCCAAAGUUAGAAGAGGGUGUUUUCUUGACGUGGGAGGAUUUGUGGGUGACUGUGGUUUCUAAGGCAAAGAGUGAAAAUGGUAGCAGAUCACGUUCAAUCCUCCAAGGUGUAACUGGUUAUGCCAGGCCUGGGGAGCUUUUGGCUAUAAUGGGUCCUUCUGGCUGUGGCAAGUCUACUCUUCUUGAUGCUUUAGGAGGGAGAUUGAGUUCAAACACAAGGAAAACAGGGAAGAUCUUAAUCAAUGGGCAAAAACAAGCACUGGCAUAUGGAACUUCGGCAUAUGUGACACAAGAUGACACUUUGAUCACAACUUUAACGGUCAACGAAGCCGUAUACUACUCGGCUCAGUUGCAAUUGCCAGACUCCAUGUCCAAGGCAGAGAAGAAAGAGAGAGCAGAAAUCACAAUAAGAGAGAUGGGUUUGCAAGAUGCCAUGAACACAAGGAUUGGAGGGUGGGGAUCUAAAGGCCUCAGUGGUGGGCAAAAGAGGAGAGUCAGCAUUUGCAUUGAGCUUCUUACACGCCCAAAUCUUCUCUUCCUCGACGAACCAACAAGUGGCCUUGACAGUGCAGCUUCUUAUUAUGUCAUGAGCAGAAUUGCAAACCUGGAUAAAACUGAUGGAACUCCAAGGACUGUAAUUACAUCCAUCCAUCAACCUAGCUCUGAAGUCUUCCAACUUUUCGACAAUCUUUGCCUUCUGUCCGCCGGAAGAACUGUCUAUUUUGGCCCUGCUUCUGCAGCAAAUCAGUUUUUCUCUUUAUGUGGUUUCCCUUGCCCAACUCUCCAAAAUCCAUCAGAUCACUUCCUUAAGACUAUAAACAAAGAUUUUGAGCAGGACAUUGAACAAGGCAUGGUUGGAAGCACACCCACAGAAGUAGCGAUUGAUACUCUAAUAAAGUCCUAUAAAGAAUCUGAAAGUUAUCAGCAAGUUCAAAGACAAGUAGGUGAACUAUGUAAGCAGGAUUUCGGUGAAGAAUUGGAGAAGAGAAGCCAUGCUGGAUUUCUUACACAAUCUUUCGUACUUACAAGAAGAUCCUUCAUGAACAUGUAUCGAGAUCGAGGCUACUACUGGUUGCGCCUGGCUGUCUACAUUACCAUGGCCUUAGGCUUGGGCACUAUCUAUCAAGAUCUUGGACAUGGUUAUGAAUCAAUUCAGGCAAGAGGCUCGCUGCUCAUGUUUGUAUCUUCAUUUCUAACUUUUAUGGCUAUCGGUGGAUUCCCUUCUUUUGUGGAAGAUAUGAAGGUAUUUGAACGAGAAAGAUUAAACGGGCACUAUGGUGUUUCUGCAUUCGUUUUUGCCAACACAUUUUCCUCUGUUCCCUUCUUGAUAUUGAUUUCAGUGAUUCCUGGCACCAUAACUUAUUACGUCGCUGGACUUCACAAAGGAUUUGAACACUUCAUCUACUUUGCUUGUGUGCUAUUUGCUUGCAUGAUGCUGGUUGAGAGCCUGAUGAUGAUAGUUGCUAGCAUUGUGCCCAACUUCCUCAUGGGAAUAAUCGCCGGCGCUGGAAUUCAAGGGCUUAUGAUCAUGUGCGGCGGUUUCUUCCGACUACCAAACAAUAUUCCCAAGCCUCUGUGGAAGUUCCCAUUGUACUACAUUGCGUUCCACAAGUAUGGAUACCAAGGACUCUUUAAAAAUGAAUUCAUAGGCACAACAUUUCCUAGCAGUGAUCAAGGAGGAAAAACAUCCAGUCUCAGUGGGGAACAUAUUUUGAGAGAUAUAUGGCAAGUCGAAAUGGGUUACUCUAAGUGGGUUGAUCUUGCAAUCUUGGUAGGGAUGAUUCUUCUGUAUCGAGUUUUGUUCUUGGUUAUCAUCAAGGCCACAGAGAAAGUGAAGACUAUUGGUACAACUCUUUUGCCAAUGCCUCUCAAUAAGCGAAGCAUGCAAAUAUUGGUCAAUCCGUCCUCUACGCCUGUGCAUGGAGAGAAUCUGUAGUGGUAGUAGCAUAAUACAAAUGGUAUUGUUGGUAUUAUAAAUUAGGGCUUGUCCAAUAUAUUUCCUUAUAAUUUCUAUUUUUUAGAUAUAUAUAUGUGUAAAACUCAAUUUCAAACUUAAAUGAGCAGUAGGAUAUAAGAGGUCGUAGUAUUCCUAUGUUUUUA